UGGCGUAUGGGCGGCCACCAUAUACGUGUUGCGUGUGUUGCGCGUGUUCUGAUAGCAUGUUGUGCUCCCUCCCUUGACGUAGAUGCGUUCAAGACAACAACAGUGAACGAGCAGAACUUGAAUUAAUACGAGAACUGGAAAUAAUACCCAACUACUGGGUGAAUUUGGUUUUCUGAUCAUAGAUUUCCAACUGAAACAACAAAAACUUGAAAAAGUAAUCCAGAGUGCCAUCAAAAGAUGCCCCGGAAAAAGAGAUCUGCCAACAGGCCAGUUUCCCCUCCCCCUGCAAGACGGGGCUCCUUUCAGGCAUGCAGUGAGGACGCGUUCGCAGCACCCACAAAGAAGUUGGAAAAGGAUAGACAAAAAUCCUCAAAUGGCCGAAGUCGGACCGACUCAUCACCAGACGUCGAGACUGCAACCUGUAGCAAUCCACGGAAUGACAGAGCAGACUCAGCCAGACGACAGGACCAAGCAAAAACACCACAUGUUGAGUCUACAGCCAAGAGUGGUUUUCAUGAAGUACCCCUUAACAGGCCCACUGCAACAGCAUCAGGUUCUUCUAUAAGUGGCAAGUCAAUGUCUACCCAGUUCAGAGAAAAGGGCAACAUAAUGUACCAAAAGGCCCUGCAGGAUGGCAUAGCACCAAUCAUAAAAAGGUCAAGGCUAGACGAUGCCUUACAGCUCUACACCAGGGCUGCAAACUUGGCUGAUGGUCCUGCGAAACAAGCAGAUUGGUCAUCUGCCACCAAGAACUGUGGCAUGGCCACAAAACGAAUGGCACGGUGCAGCACAGAUGAGGCUGCUGCGCUGGAGCUGUUCAAAGAGUCCUUAAAGUAUAUGAGCCAGGCUCUGCUGAGGGGGAGCGAUGUCCAUGGCGGGGCGUGGGAGGAGAAACUCCGGAAGGAGAUGGAGUUGUCCUAUUAUGCAGUCCUAGAGAUCAUCGACAGCCUCAGUGAUGUCAAGGAGAGGUUGCGAGAAUUGUACCAGGUUGUUGGCACCCUGCCUGCCGGUUUGGUCCAAGCUAGGGCAAAGCACAACAUCGCUGACAUCCUCUUCAAAGAGUCCAUCCGCCUACUUGAGGGAGGUGACUACAGGGAGUGCCUGAAGUGCUUGCAUGACCUACAUCAGCCAGUGGAAGAGGCACUGAGCCUCCUGAGAGGAUGGAACCUGGACCAGGAAGCCCAGGAUCUUGAGUCAGACCUCCGGGUCUUGAAGCAGGAUGCUCUCUACCACAUUUCAACGGCCGAGUCAGUCCAGGCACGGACGUGUGGUGAGAAGAUUCUGGAAAGCCUGUACCAGGAGGAGAAUCUGAACAUGACUGCCCUCUGGGAGGCUGUGGACUGGUUUAAGGAAGCCAGCCUAAAAGCAGCUGAACUGGACCUUGAGCAGGAGGCGGCUGCUCUCAGCUUCCUCGGCCUUAUCAACGAGAAGGUGCUGUUUUCGGUGACAAAGGCCAAGGGCUACUACAAGCGGUGCCUGGAACUCGUCGAUGCCGCUCAGCCCAAGACGUUCCUGACAGAAAAGUGGUACCAGCAGUGUGUACAGGGCUAUCAGGUCAUCCAGAAUAGAGAGCGGAGCAGAGAUGAAGCAGCCCAGCAGAAGAUAAGACGAAAGUUCCUGGAUGCUUUAAAAGAUGAGCUAGCUGCCCUUGAGAAGGCCAAUACAAGUGCUAGUAGCCUCCUGGAGCACUUGUACAAGCAUCACUCCCCUCCCAAGACCCCAAAGUUCUCCCAGAAGCAUCUGGAAGAGCUGAAGAAGAACGAGGAAUGUCCAGAGAAGAUGGACUUGGAUGUCCGCAAGGCUCGCAAGAAGCUCCUGCUGAAAGCGUGCCAGGACUUCCACCCGGACAAAAUCCAGGAAAAGGCGGGGGAGUGUGAAGAGGACAAGGCCAAGAGGAAAGUGCUGAUGGAGGAAGUCACCAAGAUGAUCACCAAGUACUACGAGCAUCUCAAGCUGGGCUGAUCAGGUUCUUUUUUUUUCCCCACCAGCAUCCAUGGUAAUGGGUACAGAGGACUGUAGGUUUAGUCCAUCACAAGUCCAUGCAAGCCCAACACAAGUCAUCUUGAGGGUGUAGCAGCAAUGGAUUUUUAUUAGACAAAAUAUAUUUUUAAAGUUCUACAAUCUGUGAAAAUUAUUUGACAUUCCUAGGUUGAAUGUAUUGAAAAGUGCACUUUUAUGAACACUUGAAUCCAACUUUCCUGGACAACUGAGGGCUCUGUUCCUGUGAUGUUAUCCAGGAAAGACAUAGGUUUUACUAUUCAAAAGCUUGAGGCCAGGUUUUACCCACUGCAAACAUUUCUUGGAAGGGAUUUUUCAUUGCUUAUUGCAGUGAACUUAAUCAAUUGCUAAAGAUGAAAAAACUUGGGUUAGAAAAAUUUAAAAGCAUAAAGCUAUCAUUUUGUGCACGAAUCAUUGUAACAUCUGCAUGUAGGCUUUCAUCCCACAAUGACAUUACAAUUUUGCUCAUUUUCAUGGAAAUACUCAUAAAAACCAAAAAACAGUCAUAUUUGAAAUGGCAAGUUCAGUAAAAACUGCAGUACUUAAAAGUGAUACUAAAGUGUACCUGAUUACAUUGGAGCACAGCUUUGUACAUGUACAUCUACAUGUAUGAUGGUCAUCGAUUGAGAAGUGCAAACAUGUAUAUGUACAUGUUAUUGCUUGUCUGAUAAAUCCCAUUUCAGAAUAAAAUAUCAUUGACAUUUUCAAAGCCAAUGUUAAUACCCUGUUGGAAAGUUUUACGGAAAACACAACAAUUUUGCUUUUUGAACAAAAAAAUUACGAAAUGAACAAGUUAGAUCUUGCCAGAGACAUUUUGUAAUGUUCCAGAUACAGGAUUGGUAUUCAUGUAGAUCAGUGGAUGGUUUCAUGUGGUGUAAUGUUCAAGUAUUCAAUUCACUGCAAAGUGUAGGUUUAAUUCAGAGGAUAGAUGACAAGCUACUAACUCAAACUUGUGUAAAUUGACAUUAUGCCUUUAAUAAUUGCCGAUAAUUAAAUCAUUGUUGCUGUUUUUAAGUAUUAGACAUAUUUUUGAACGGUUGUGUCUACAUGUAUGAUUUGAGUCAGAAUUAGACAAGUGUAACCCUUGUCAUAUAUUCAUGUAUAUUUCAAACGUAAGUUUAAAUGACUUAAUUUUCUUGCUAUCCAUUCCAUUUUAUUGUAUUGAUGAAAUUGCUAACAAUGAUGUGGAUGUGCCAUUCGCAAAGUAGCUACAUGUAUGUUGCAGACACUGGAAAUCAGGGGCCAAUUUCGUAGAGCUGCUAAAGUGCAAGAAAACCUUGC